AGACAAAAAAAUCGAGAAAUUAGUUUGAAUUACGUGUAUCCAACAAAAGAUUAGUAAAAUAAUCAGAAUUUAAUAACUAACAAAAGUCAAAUAGAUCAUAAAUUGAAAGGAUGAUAGCGAAUAUAGCAGUUUUCAUUUUUUUCUUAGGAUUUUUAAGCGAGAUAAAAAGUGAUAAGCCGAUUUUAAGAGGCAUUAAUCCACAAAAGGCUCAACUCUAUAUUAGUAAAAAUGAUAAAUUUACAUGUUUCGACGGUAAAAAAGUUAUAAAAUAUUCCCAGUUGAAUGAUGACUUUUGUGAUUGUGCUGAUGGCAGUGAUGAGCCAGGCACAUCAGCGUGUGUCAAUGGGCGUUUCUAUUGCAUCAAUGCAGGCUUUAAGCCAAUUAUUAUUCCAAGCUCAAGAGUAAACGAUGGUGUGUGUGAUUGCUGUGAUGCUUCAGAUGAAUAUUUCAGCAACGCAAAAUGCAUCAAUAACUGCAUUGAGCUGGGAUCAGCUGAUAGAAUAAGAGAGAAGCAACAAGCUGAGUUAUUAAAAAGUGGCAAUCAAGUGAGACUUGAAAUGGCACAGAAAGGCAAAAAAAAGAAAGAAGAGCAAAAGAUUCGAAUGAGCGAGCUCGAGAAAGCACGAGAACAAGCAGAGCAACUCAAAGAAGAGAAAUACAAGAUCAAAGAUGAUGCAGAAAUAUUAGAAAAUGCAGCUUUAGAUGUGUAUAAACAAGCAGAUGAAGAGGAAAAGAAGCAAAAGAUGGAACUUGAAUCUGAGGCGAAUCGAAAUGAAGCCGAAGAAACUUUCAGGAAGUUCGACUCAAAUGCUAAUGGCAAGAUGGAGAUAAUUGAACUUCAAACAAGAAUCAUGUUCGAUAAAGAUCGUAAUGGUGUCGUGGAAGUUGAAGAAGCUCGUUACUUCCUCGACGAAAACGAUGAAUUAGAUCUCGAAGGUUUUGUAACGCUUGCAUGGCCUCGAAUUAAGCCUUUCUUGAUGCUUGAUUCCGGAUUAUUCAAAGCACCGAAGAAAGAAGGAGAUGAACACAUUGAUGAUGAAGACGACGAGUCUAUAGAUGCAGCUGGCGAUGAGCCAAUAGAAGAAGCUGAAUUAUUAAAUGAAGAUGAAGAACAUCAUCAUGGUGACGAUGAUGCAGAUUAUGAUGAAGAAGCUGAAGGACAACAAGAAGAUCAGCCCGAGCCACCUCAGCCACAAUAUGACGAGGAAACUCAAAGACUCAUCCAUUUAGCAAAUGAAGCAAGAAACCAAUAUGACGUUACUGAUCGCGAGUUUCGUGAAAUUGAUCGCGAACUUUCCGAUAUUCGAAAUGCUUUGGAGAAAGAUUUCGGACCAGAAGAAGAGUUUGCUCCAUUGAAUGGCGAAUGUUUCAGUUUUGAAGAUCGUGAAUAUGUUUACAAGUUAUGUCCAUUUGACAAAGCGGUUCAGCAGCCAAGAAAUGGUGGAGCUGAGACAAGACUUGGGACGUGGGAUAGUUGGAAAGGAAGUGACUAUCGUCAAAUGCUUUAUGCAAAUGGAGCGGGUUGUUGGAAUGGUCCAUCACGAUCUGCUAUCGUCGAGCUUGAAUGUGGUCUUGAUACAAGAAUUCUUAGUGUAAGCGAACCAAAUCGCUGCGAAUAUUUCUACAAGAUGCAAACACCAGCAGCUUGUUCAACAACACGUCUUGAAAUUCAUGAUGAAUUGUAAGUUUGUUUAGUCAGCUUCAGUCUCUUAUCAGAGGAAGAAAAAGCUCACAAAUCAUUUCUAAUUUAAGUGAAAAACAAAUUGUAAAAAGAACUGAACACGAGAAAUUUUUCAUUUCAUUAUCUUUUCUUUUUUUAUUAUUAUUUUUGUCAUUAUUAUUAUCAACAUCUUAUAAGUGAAACUUUUUCUUUAAAAAUUUGUUUAGCUAAAAAUUCCAUUUUUUCUCAUGAUUCAUGAUUAAAAAAACAGAAAAGAAAAAAUUAAAUGCGUUGAAAUUAUUAGAAGCAAAAGCAUUUAGACAUUCCUAAGGCGCAAUUAUUUUAAUUCAAUCAUUCAUGUGGUAAAAUUUAACAAAGUUGUUUAGAUUUUUUGUGAAAUAAAUAAGUUUGAGAAGGAAAUCAUGUUGUUUAGACAUUUCUUAGCAUGAUUUUCAAAGAGUUCCACAAUCUAAAGACGUUGCAACAAAAGAUUUCUUUCAUCUCUUUUUUAUUAUUGAUUCCAAUUUUUAAUCUUUUAUGUUACAGGAAAAUGUAAAUAUCUAAAUGUAAAAUUAUUAAGCUUUUGUAUUAUUAAAUUUCAAUUUAUCGCACUUAAUCUCUAAUUAAAUAUUAUCAUUCUCAUCGAUUUAUAAGUGGUAAAGUGAUCAUAAUUUUCUUUCAUAUUUCAAUAAAUACGCGAACGACGGAAAGUGCUUC